GUCCUUGCUUUUGUGUGAAAACGUUGUUGGUUAUAAAUUUGUAAUCGUUAUUUUAUUAGAUUUUAUCAUCAGCAGACUUUCACAUAGCGUAUAUUUUCGUGCUAUUGUGUGUUGAGUUUUUAUCAGCUAGAGCGAAAGGCAGAAGUUUUAGACGGUGUGGGCACGCUGUGGAAUAGUCAGUUCACCAUAAGGAUAAAGGACGUGUGCUAUGGCCCCACGAGUCCUGGCAGAAGUAGGCAGCAUAGUAGCCAAGGAAGUUAUCCAGAGAGUUGCUGAGCACAAGUUCAAGGGUCAUGGGAAAGGCAGGCGCCUCGGAGGCUCAAGAAGGAGCCAAAGGAAUCUCGAAGGACUGAAGAGGGCCAUAUCAUUCGGCCUAGAUAAAGUUGAGGAAGCUGGGGGAGUCAAAAACCUCAUUGGAACUGGCGUAGCCAGAGCCAAGAGGGAGGGCUUCAUGCAGGUAGCCAAAGAAGUCGUCAAUUUUGCGUCGCAGGGGCUUGUUAAAUUAAUAAGCCCUUCUGGUUUCAAUGUGACGUUUAAGCCCGAUGGAAGCUGUCUCUUUCUCAAGGGGGAUCCUUCAUCUAGCAACGGAAGGUUCAUCAGCUCUGAGGGGAAGUCCCCUGUUGUGGUGGUAAAGGAGGAGCUAUCAGAUACAGGGGAUUUGCAGUAUUGUGAGAUUGUUCCGGUUUCGGUGAAGUUGGAGCCGAAAGAAUGAGCCAGUAUUCAGUUAUUAUAAUUUGACCACUCGCUACUUUUAAAUUGAUUUUUGUGGGUAUAUUAAAUUUUCUUUUUUUAAGAACUGAACAAUAUUUUUGUUCGAAUGUUUUUAUUUUAAUUAUAUCUUUACUUUGUCAAGAUAUUUAGAUAUGCAGUACUCUCAGGUUUUUAGGGUUUUUGUACUUUUUAACUAAGUUCUUUCAAACUUUUGAGUUAUUACGGAA